UUUGCUUAUUCUUUUAUUGAAGAUGGCUUGCAUUAUUAGCCUUACCAAACUAAUAAACAUAUUUCCCAUUUUCAUCUUUGUCUCAUGUUUUCCUCCAUUGAUGCUUUCUCAAUCAUUCAGAUCACUUCAAUUGCCGCCGAAAGUCACCGGUCCAGAAUCCAUCGCCUUCGAGUUCGGAACCAGUCGAUUCUAUGUUGGUGUGGCUGAUGGUAGAAUUCUACAAUACAACGGACCAAGGGUUGGAUUUCGAGACUUUGGAUUCACCGGUCCAAAUAGGUCUAAACGGAUGUGUGAUGGCACUACUGAUCCAAAUUUGGGGCCAAUAUGUGGAAGGCCAUUGGGUUUAGCAUUUCAUUACUCCCUAAAUAAGUUAUAUAUUUGCGAUGCCUAUUUUGGGCUCAUGGUGCUAGGUUCUUCCGGAAAGCAAGCGACCCAAGUUUCUGCGGCUGCAGACGGAGAGCCUUACCGUUUAUGUGAUGCUUUAGACGUCCACCAACCAUCUGGAAAUGUUAUUUUCGUAGAUUCCAGCGCCAACUAUGAUUUAAGAAAUAUCUCGAAAGCAGUGAACGCUAAUGAUUCAACAGGGAGAUUGUUGAUGUACAACCCUGACACGGACCGAGUGACAGUGUUAAUGAAGAACCUUUCAGGGCCAGCAGGGGUAGCAGUUAGCCAAGAUGGAACCUAUGUCCUAGUUUCCAACUUCAUUAACAAUAGUACUAUACGGUAUUGGCUUCGAGGUCCUGGAGCCAACACUUAUGACGUCAUAAAUUUGCAGGAAAGGCCAGAUAACAUCAAGAGAACAGCGUUUGGAGACUUUUGGAGGGCGGCGGCGCUGGUGAAACAACCGACGCGAUCACUGGUGCCGAUCGGGCAGAGGAUCAAUGGGUUUGGCAGGGUUCUUCGAACUGUGAAUUUCGAAGCAUGGUAUGGCAAUCAAUUAAUUAGCGAAGUUCAGGAAUUCGGUGGUGAACUAUAUUUGGGAUCACUAUCUGCGCCUUUUGUUGGCGUUUUUAGGUUUUGAUGUCUGUAGUUUCCGAUUACUAUCUAGGGUAAAUUAUAAGAAUAAUCGUACAAUAAUUUUGUUUUA